AUGGCUUCCUACAAAGCCAACCCGCUGGCGUUCACGCCGUGGCCAGUAACAAUCCUGACUACAGCCGUAUACCUCGCCCUGAUAAUCCCACUACUGGUAAUCCAGCACAACGUCCCCGCCGCGCCGCAGACGAACCCCAACGGCCUCAAUCUCACGGAAGCAUGGCAAGACCUGCAGAGUCUGACAAAAGGCUUCCACCCCUACAACUCUCGCCAGAACGACGAAGUCCGCUCAUGGCUACUAGAGCGCAUCGACGCGAUCAAAGACUCCGCCGCGUCAUCCGAGGAAUUCGCCGACGCGAGAGAGGAGAAACCAGACGUAUUUGUCUUCGACGACCUGAUCUCGAACCUCACCUUCAUCGAUAACAACGUUGGCGUUUACUUCGAGGGCACCAACAUCCUCGUCUACAUCCGCGGCUGGGAAGAUAAGAAAGGGAAUUGGUGGGAGACGCCUGGUCGAACGCCCGUCGGCAAAGGUGGCGUGCUGGUCAAUGCGCACUACGAUAGUGUCUCGACAGGCUACGGUGCUACAGAUGAUGGCGUCGGAGUCGUGACUUGUCUGCAACUGGUCAAAUACUUCCUCACGCCGGGCCAUGCGCCGCGCCGCGGUUUGGUCGUUCUUUUCAAUAAUGGCGAGGAGGACUAUUUGAAUGGUGCGCGCGCGUACAGCCAGCAUCCUAUGGCGAAGUUCGCGCAUACUUUCCUCAAUUUAGAGGGUGCUGGGGCUGGUGGUCGGGCUACUUUGUUCCGCAGCUCUGAUACGGAGGUUACGCAGGCGUACGCGAAAUCGGAGCAUCCGUUCGGCUCGGUGCUAAGUGCUAAUGGGUUUGAGAAGGGGCUUAUCAGUAGCCAGACGGAUUAUGUUGUUCUUGAUGGUAUUUUGGGCUUGCGUGGGCUUGAUGUUGCUUUCUUCGAGCCCCGGGCUCGUUAUCAUACUGACCAGGAUGAUGCGCGGCAUACUAGCUUGGAUUCUCUUUGGCAUAUGCUCUCCGCGGCUACUUCGACUACUGAGGCUCUUGUUUCCGACUCGACUGAUCGUUUUGAUGGACACCUUAGUGAUGAUGGGCUUGUUCCUAGUGGUUCGGGCACUCGGGCUGUGUGGUUUGAUUUGUUUGGAAGUGCUUUCGCUGUGUUUCGCCUCCAUACUCUCUUUGCAUUGUCGGUUACUCUGCUCAUUGUGGCUCCUUUGACUUUGCUCGUGACCAGUGUGAUUCUGUCCAAGGCUGAUAAGAUGUAUCUGUUCCGGUCGUCUGUCUACUCUGAGCUUGGUGAUGAGCACAUCUCGCUGCGUGGUCUGCGAGGUUUUUUCCGCUUCCCUUUCUUGCUUUCCAUUCCUACGGCUGUGACUGUUGGACUGGCUUACAUGGUGACAAAGGUCAACCCGUUCAUUGCUCACAGCAGCUCAUACGCCGUGUGGAGCAUGAUGAUCUCGGCUUGGUUCUUCUUAGCCUGGUUCGUAUCUCGUGUUGCAGACUUUGCACGUCCGUCAGCCUUCCACCGUGUCUACACUUGGACCUGGAUGUUUGUCCUUACUUGGUCUAUGAUGGUGGUUGCCACUGUUUAUGAACAUGAGGAGGGUCUCGCUGGAGGCUACUUUAUGUUCUUCUAUUUCGCAGGCACCUUUUUGGCCACUUGGAUCUCUUACCUGGAGCUAUUUGCUCUGCCACCAAAGUCGGAGUAUGUUAGUCAUUUCAUCCAAGGAUCACGACGGCCCAGCAGCCAUGGAAGUCGUCUUGGUGCCUCGGUCGAUGAGAAUGAGGACAAUGACGUCGAGGAGGAGCCGACUGAGUCAACGUCGCUGUUGCAUGGUCGUCACCGCACUACCUUUGCCAACUACGUUCAUGUUGCGGGUGACCACACAUCUCAUGACUAUGAUGACGAGGGAGAGGAGAAAGACCCCAACGUUUAUGGGCAUGAACAGUCGUGGAGUGGCCGGAUGCCGCGAUGGACCUGGCUCUUGCAGUUGCUCUUUACGGCCCCCGUGAUCCUGAUGCUGAUUGUCCCAUUGGCUCUUCUAAUCACAGCCGCACUUAACCAGACUGGCCAGGAUGGAAGCCCCCAGCUCAUCGUCUACAUCUUCAUCGCCAGUCUGACUUCGCUGCUUUUCGCCCCAACGUUACCAGUAAUUCACCGGUACACCUACCAUAUCCCGAUUUUCAUGCUCUUCGUUUUCAUUGGCACGCUAAUCUACAACCUCGCUGCCUUCCCAUUCGCGGACUCGAACCGUCUCAAGCUCUUCUUCCUCCAGGAAGUCGAUCUAGACAAUGGAAUCUCCACUGCCUCCUUGACCGGCAUGCCUCCAUUUGUCCAAGACGUAACCUACGGCCUUCCAAGUGCAGCAGGUCAAAACGAGAUAUGUGAAUGGAUAUACAGAGGCAAAAACCACGUCCAGCGCUGCUCCUGGAACGCUCCAAUCCCACACGUCAUCCCCGAUGCCGCAGCCGUAUCCAUCGAUAACGAGAACACCAAUGCUCUCGUUAAAGCCACCGAACUUUCACCCGAUUGGAUUACCUUUAGCAUCUCCCAGUCCUCACCAAACACCCCCACCGCCCGCUUCGAAGUCUCGGGCCAAAACACCCGCGCCUGCCGCAUCAACAUGGACGGCCCCUUCAUCAAGAACUUCAGUGUCGUUGGCUCAUCCGCUCCAGACCGCCGUUUCCUGAAUCCAUCCCGGGACGGCUUGAACAGGAUCCAACUCUGGAGCCGCACAUGGGGUAACAAGUGGACGGUCGACAUCAACUUUACUGAGCAUGACUCGACAGAGAACGAUGAAGCGUUCGAUGAUACCCCCAUCACGGGCAGGAUUACCUGUCUUUGGAGUGAUAAUAAUCAGGUCGGGCUCAUUCCUGCUCUUGAUGAGGUUCGGCAGUUUAGUCCUGCUUGGGUUGCUGUUACUAAAUUUUCUGAUGGCUUGAUUGAGGGUUCGAGAGGAUUUGAGAUUCAGCGGUCUACUUUCCGGGUUGUUGCAUCUUGA